UAUCCGUUGUUUUUUGUUUGACAGUUGCUAUUUUGUGUUUUUCUUCUUUUCCAAUAAUAGUGAACAGCACAUAGACAAAAAUUUUUAAACGAAAAACUUUAAUUUCACUUUCACUAAGCUAAACAACUAUUUCCGUUUUGUCGAAGAACAAAAGCCGCCAAUUUGCAAAGUAUUCAUCUUUUGUUAUAAUCCAAUUGUAAGACGUAGAGGCAUACAGAAGCCAUGUCUAGAAUACGUACUGUUUUGCAAGUGAUUACCAAGGCAGAGGAGUAAUAGAAAUUGUUGAAAAUAUAAAACAGUCAGUAAAUGAUUAAGUACGUAAAUUGAGGUGACCAACGACUGCAGGCGAAGCGCGGGUGAUCAAUUGUACUUAAGUACAACUAGUGCGAUAGAUAGUAAAUUGAGUGUUAGUGAUUUUGUAACGUAAAUAUAUAUUAGCUAUUUAAGAGAAUUUUUAAGAAUCGCAAGUUUCGAAAGUGGCACCGAGUUUUACAAGAAAUUUGGAGCACCACUUACUAGAUGUGUGCGCAAUAUAUGCAAAGCCAAAUCCUGACCAUUAACCUAUAGCUAGCCCUCAGAACAAGCACACAAAUUUAUACCGAAACAGUUCAUGUCAGCAGCAAUGGGCAAUUAUGAUGGUGAGAGUAAAAAAUCAACAGCUUUAGGCAGUUGUAUGGCGGCACUAAAAUGGAUACCAGUCAUAUUCAUCGCGGCUGUUAUCGCAUGGUCCUAUUAUGCGUAUGUGGUGUCGCUUUGCUUACUAUCCAUCGAAAACGUCUUUGAACAAAUUGUUUUUCUGAUAUUUUAUCAUAUAAUAUGUGUAUUGUUUUUCUGGUCCUAUUGGAAUACCAUCUUUACACCAGUCGGUACAGUUCCCCCGAAUUGGCGAAUUCCAGAAGCAGAAAUAGAGCACAUAUUUCAUGCUGACACUCAGGAUCAACAAAAGAGAAUACUAGAAAAUUUUGCCAAGACGCUGCCAGUCACAAAUCGCACACUGAAUGGUUCGGUGCGUUUCUGUGAAAAAUGCAAAAUAAUCAAGCCAGAUCGUGCACAUCACUGUAGUGUCUGUGGUGCUUGUGUACUCAAAAUGGAUCAUCAUUGUCCGUGGGUUAACAAUUGUGUCAACUUCACAAACUACAAAUAUUUUGUACUCUUUUUGGGCUAUGCGUUACUUUAUUGCCUUUAUGUGGCCUUAACAUCGUUGGAGUAUUUCAUACGCUUCUGGCGGGGCGAUUUGAAUAGUGGCAUGGGACGGUUUAACAUAGUGUUCCUGUUCUUUGUAUCGAUAAUGUUUGCAAUAAGUUUGGUGAGCCUAUUCGGUUACCAUGUCUACUUGACGCUUAUGAAUCGUACAACGUUAGGUGAGCUAAUAGCAAAAACAUAUUUUAUCAAAUUGAAACAAUUUCCUAAUGAAUAUACCCUAAAUUCUUUAGAGGCUUUUCGAGCGCCAAUAUUCCGCAUUGGUGGCCCAGACAAGAAUGGCUUCAAUUUGGGUAAAUACGCCAAUUUCCAGGAAGUGUUCGGUGAUAACUGGAAACUGUGGUUUUUGCCAGUCUACACGAGUGUCGGCGAUGGAUUGACGUACACAACUCAAAAGCAGCAUCAGAUGCAGUCAUACGACUCCAUGGGCGAUACCACGCAGCGAACCAGCAUGGGUGAUGGCAUCAGCUAUCCAAUACGUCAUUUAGAUGAGGAUGCCGAAUCGUUGCUGGGCAAUAGCGAUACGCGCAUUGAAAUGGAGGAGGAUAUCUUUCCAGAGACUCGUUUUCACAACACGUACAUUCCAUAGUUGAUAAUUUCUGACGAUAACGUGGCUUCUUAUUAUAUUUAGUUGAAAGACGGAGUCCAUUAUUUUACGUUAUUCUUCUUAUAUAAUUUUAGAAUGUGAUUCUCUAAAUUUUGAGUUAUUAUUGCGGUCACGUUCUGAUAUUGUCAAAAACUCAACGAAAAUAAGCUAAAUUUUUAGAAAAAAUGUGGUACAUACAUAUACCUACUAUGUACAUACAUAUUUAUAAAAUUUAUAUGUUUUUAGUCUUAUAAUCAUUAUGCAUUAAGACUUAGUUUCGGUGGCACUGCGUAGUUCUACACAAUAUACAAAUAUACCGACUCGGUGCUUGGUGGAUACUUCUGAACCGGACUGACAAACGAAAUUUGUGCAGUUUCUAUUCGCUAAAUUUUGUGUAGCGAAAAGAUAAAUAAUAAUGUAUGUAUGUAUUGAAAAAGUAUUACAAUUAAAUGAAAUUAUAAAAAAUAAUGUACAAUAUAUUAGUUAAUAAGUUUCCUACCAAAACCAUAUUUAUACAUAUGUAUGUGUGAACGUAUUUCAUAUCAAAGCAAAAAUGUGGCAAGGAGGCAAAGUAAUUAUAAUGUUUAAAAGCAACCGAUUGCAAAUAGAAGCAGAAAAGUGUAAUAAGUUUUAAUUUAUUUAAAUACGCAGUAUUUUCCAAAAUAAAAUUUUUAUUUAAAUGCUUUUAAUUCUGCUUAGUCUGUAAAAUGUGUGUCACUCUUGAAUGCUUAUACUCUAAGAAGCCUCGUUUUGCAGCUUUCUCAGUUCAUUACUCGUAAUUAGAAGCUCUAUUCGUUUGUUGCUAAUAAAUCCUGAGAAACAUGCUAAUCCUGAGGACUGUGGACGGAUAUAAGAUGAGUUAGUUUAUCAGAAGUCAUUCCAUAAUCCAUACUUUUUUAGGUUCGUACAUUUAGAGGUUUCAUACAAAUAAAAAUGUCUCACAUGACCUGCUCUGACACAUUUCCAGCUUAAACUCACCUAAUUGAGUUAUUUUCCAAACCAAAAUCAAUCACCAUAGCAGAUUUUUUUUUUUAAUGAGAUAAGCAUUUCCUGUAGAUAUGUACCUACGGUUUUUACUCAUUUAUGUGCAUAUGCACAUGUGUAUGUUCAGGUACAAUAUUUAGGUUACGUUUAGCGCUAACAUCUUUAUGUACAUAUAUGUAUGUAAAAACAUGCACUGGUACCUAAAAUAAACAUAAAAAAAAAUAUUGGUUUUUAGCAAAAUGUAUUGAAAUUGAGAAGAAACCACAAAAACUGGUUUAAUUUUACAGUCUAAUCUAUAUCAAUUAAAACAAAACAUUAUAAAUAAUUAUAGGUGUUAGUGAGCUGUGUAAAAAUAAUACAAACCAAAAGUAGAAUAUAAGAAAAAUGUAACCAACGGCAAAACCAACAUAACCGGCAUAACAGUUUCGCACAAAACAAAAUUCAAAAUUUUAUCAGAAUAUAAGGCUAUGUGACGCGUAGACGUAGAUGGACGUAGAUGUGAGCAAAUGUGUACAUAGGUCUGCUCAGAACAAUAAAUACUACUGCGACACUAAAGUUUCAUCUGUUGCAAGUACAAUAUUAUUUGCUAUUAAAUAAAUUUAUUUUCAUGAAAAAGGCUCACGGUCGCGAAAUGCAAAGUUCACUGGAAUACAGCAUUUAUAAAGAUCCAUUUAUGUAUAUAUUUUGUUUAGAGUAUGUAAACUUCAUAUAUGCAAGCUGUUAACUCCAUCUAACUGGAGCUUGCAUAAAUAGUUAUUCGUAAGCGUGGAUUAUUAGUAAUAGAUAAUAAAUCUUUACAGAAAACAUA